CAGUAAUCUAUUUGCGUCGUUGGGAAGAUGGCAAAGGUAGAAGAAAGUUCCAAAAAUUUUAGUCUAAAGGAGUAUCCAUUUCCAACAGAAGAAAUUCCAAGACUUAGCAUCAACAACCCAGAAACAGACAGACGGAUUGCUGCUGGGCUACCUGUGGUGAUAGAAGAUUCUCGCUUAGUACAGUCUGCAUUACACUGGGACUUAGAUUACCUUCAAGAAAACAUUGGAGAUGGAAAAUUCACUGUGUACAAAUCAAAAAACAAACGAUUUCAAUACUUUGAUGACAAGAAAAUUGACUCUAACAAAAAUUUUCAAAAACCAAUGGAACAUUUGGAUUUAACAUUUCCAGAGUUUGUAAACAAACUGAAGACAGCAAAACCUGGCAAGGACAGAGUGUAUUUACAACAAGCUCUCAAUGAGGGAGUUGGGAAGAGGAUUGUUGCUGACUUUCUUGGUUUCAACUGGAGUUGGGUGACAGAGCAACAGAAGAAAAACAAGUUUGGUCCUCUGACCUCCAAUCUGCUCCUCAUUGGCAUGGAAGGCAACGUCACACCUGCCCACUAUGAUGAGCAAGAGAACUUUUUUACCCAGAUCCGAGGAUACAAGAGGUUUAUCUUGUUUCACCCAGACAGACAAAGCCAGUUCAAGUGUAUGUACCCGUAUCCCACCUAUCAUCCCUGUGACAGACAAAACCAGGUUGAUUUUGAUAAUCCAGAUUACAAAAAGUUUCCCAAAUUUAAGGAUGCCAAAGGUUAUGAAACAGUGGUGGGGCCAGGAGAUAUACUGUAUUUACCUAUGUACUGGUGGCAUCAUGUUGAAUCAUUACCUGACUAUGGACAUACUAUUUCUGUCACUUUCUGGUAUAAGGCUGGUCCUAUCGGAAACAUAGUUUACCCCCUAACACCACAACAGAAGGUUUCAAUGAUGAGGAAUAUAGAGAAAAUGAUUCACCAAGCCCUGAAUGAUCCAGAUGAGGUUCCAGAAUUCAUGCAGAACAUGGUACUUGGUCGAUACACUGAACCUCCCGCAUAAAAAGAAGAGCUGAAUUUUUUUUUAUCUCAGUUGUACUUUUUUUGGUUUUUAAUGAUUAUAUUAAGUAUUAAAGAAUACAUGUAUUUUUAAAAGCACAUUGUACAGUUUUGAACUUAAUUCAAAUAUUGAAAAUUUUUCUUUUUGUGAAGUAUAUAGAUAAUUUGUUCAGAUAGUCCUUAGUAUUUAUGCUUCAGAGGUCACAGUAUUUUGACCUUUUGUUAAAGAUGUCUUUGGUGUGUUAUUUUAUAAUUAUUUUUAUAAGUUUUUGAGAUUUCUUUUUUGUUCAAAAAAAAAAAAAGAGAGAAGACAUGUUUAUGUAUGUUAAAUGGAGUAUUACCAGGUACACAAUAUGUUGUGUGGUGAUUCUUGAUCUGCAGAAGGGGAGUUAUGGACAAGCUUGAACUGUGAUACGAAAGUGUUAUGAAACCAACAAUGUUGGAUAAACAUUUUAUUUUUCAUUUUUCCAAGUUAAAAGUUAUAUGAUCAUGUAGGUAUGUGCAUUAUAGUUUUGCUAUAUCAUAUGAAUUAUUGCCAUUUGUUUAUUCACGUAUCUUAAGACAAUAAUAUGUUGAUGUACAAUGUACAUGUAUUUACAAUGUUAAUUAAUAUACCCCAGUAUAAAUACAUGUAACGUCAUUUAAAAUUACUGGUACUAACUACUAAAUCCAACUUUUAUUCGUACGCAAAAAAUACCUGCCAGUUUCACAGCGAACUUUAAUUCGUGAAUAUUACUUGCUGCGAAACAUUAAUUUUGCUUCCGAUGUGUAUUCCUCUGUUGCAAAAAUUAAUUGUCGCGGAUUGAUUUCAAACUAUCAAAUCAAGAAUAAAAGAUGGUUUGAAUAAUUAUUGGUUUACAACAUCUUUAAAUGGCCUAAUGUAUUGUACAGUAUAUGUACAAUAUUUUUUUCACUUCAUUAUUUCAUACUAAAAUAAUUAUCCUUGUACACCACUGUUUGCUCUAAAUGUUUUAAGAACCCACUUAAUCCAGUCAAUUUAGCCAAAAAGUAGGCCCAGUCAGUUGCAACAGAAAAUAUUUUGUGGUAAAUAAAAAUAAAACGUGUAAACAGAAAGUAAAAUAUCGAAGAAAAUGUAUUAUGGGAAUACUAUAGGAAGGGGCAUAACUCUGUAGAUCCACCAGUUUUGGCAGAUAAAUACAUGUAGAAAGAAAAUUUCCUUUUUAUGAUGAUAUAAUGUAAUCUUUAUAAUUACAUAAAGAUUUAUUAAAAAGAUUUGACACAUGUUUUGAUAAGUUUUACCUAAAAUGCAAGCUUGGAAAUGAAGCUAAACACUUGUUAUUACUUUUCUCUGAAUAUAAAAAAUUUCAUCUGUAUAUUCAGAAUUGUAAUAAGCACAUACAUGUAUGUUAAUAUGUACUCAUGUACCUUUUUUGUAUUGGUUUGUUUGUUUUUUCAUUCAGAUGGUUUUACUGAAAGCAUUGAUGAUUUGGUUCAUUGCAAUAUGUUCGUCUAAAACACUUUUAACUGUAUAUGUAAAUACAGUUUUAGUACGGUACAUUUAUUUUUUUUCUGUGCUAGUGGAUCUUUAAUUAAUGAAAUCCUAUUUGAAACAUUGCCAGUUAUGAACUAUCAUGAAAUAUAUUGAUCAACAGUUCUAUUUUGCAAACUUGGAAUAGUAUUGAAAACCUGUUGUUUCUUGGAAAAGAACAGUUUGUUAUAUUUUUUCCUUUGCCUUUGAAUAAAAGAAAUAUGCCACUAUUAGAAA